AUGAUGCAAAUUAGUAGUGACCCGGCCAGCAACAAGAACUCCCUCAUCAAUGUGAUGCACCGCUUCAUCGCUGCAACCAACAACAUGGAUGAGACUAUCAUGGUGCCCAGCCUGUUGCGGGAUGUGCCCCUGGAGGAGCAGGAGAGCCAGCAGGUUGAGGUGGUGGUGAAGAACGAGCCUUCCUACCCUAACAAGCAGAGGGACAUGUACGAGCACUACCUCCUCCUCAAGUCCAUAAAGAACGACAUGGAGUGGGGCCUGCUGAAGAGGGAGAUGAGCGGUGGGGCCAGCUUCCUGGAAAUGGCUGUCAAGCAAGCGGAGCAGCAGUCGAUAACCAGGGGGCUCCCUGGUGACGAGAGCUCAGAUCUGGAGGGCCAGUUCCACUACCACCUCAGGGGACUGUUUGGAGUCCUGUCAAAACUCACAGUGCAAGCAGACCACCUCACCAACUGCUACAAGAGGGAAAUCGGAGGUGCUAACUUCAUGAGAUAG